CUAGAAAAACUACUGAUGAUGGACUACAGAGCAAGAUACAUUAAAACUAAAGAGACCAAUGAGGAAGAUCACACACAACAAAGCGACAAUGACUCACCUGAAGAUGAGAGUGAUAUCUUCAAAGCAAUAUAUUUGUCUGAAAAAGGAACAAGACAAUCUGAGCGAAUUGACCCGAUGGAUGUUCAGAUGGCCGUGUUUCAUUGUGCUGAUGGUUUCCUUAAGCAGCUGAUAGUGACUAAACUGUCCCAGUGUCAGUACGCUCUACCUCUGCUUGUUCCUGAUCCAUUCACACAACGGCUCGAGUUUCCUCUCUGGACAUUUAGACAAAUCAACAAGAGCUGGAAAAUGAGAAACAACAACAGUGAAAUCAUCAGUCACAUCCAGCCGAUCUACAAGGCACAAACUCCGAUGGUGCCUUUCUUCAGGUUUGGCUCUGUGUCUUCAUCCAAGUCUCAUCUGAUGAACAGUCUGAUCAAUGAGAAACACAACACGUUCUUCCACAGGAACUGCCCAGGCAGCAGCAGUACCAGAGUCCUGAUGGAUGGAGUGGUGGAGAUUGCCUGGUUCUGCCCCUCUGGGAAAAACACAGAUAAAUUUGCUAACUGUGUUGCGUUCUGCAAUCUUCAUGGUGAUGCAGGAGACCAUGAGAAACAGCUGCAGAUCCUCACUGAAAUGACCUCAGUCAAUGUUGUUCUUCUACCACGACUGGACAGGAAUGAUAGACAUACAACAACAAUCCAAAACCUAUACAGGAGUGCAAAGCCACUCAUUUGCCUUUUUACUGAAGAUGAAUGUACUGUAACUGAGAUGAAGAAAGGGAAAUACAAAAUCGGUUUGAAAGACCGGAAUCAGUCAGAUGUAUCUGAAGAACUCAGAAAAACUAUAAAUGAUUGUCUCUCAGAAUCAUCUUCUGCUUUCAGACUUGAAGAUGUGUCCAAACACUCAGACAUCAGAGUAGAUGAGGAAGAUGAUGAUGGCUGCAGGGGAGGAAGAGUAGCAGCACAGCAGAUGAUUCAUUUACUGGAGAAGAAAGACCUGACAAAGGUCAAAGAAUCAUUUCUGCCCUGUCAGGGGAAACUGUGGCAUCGGUGGAGUCAGAAGAACAAAGAACUACAUCGACCUCAAGCAGAUAUAACAGAAAAUGAAAUAAGUAGAAAACGAACAGAAAUGGGCAAAAUCCGUGAAGAGCAACAUGAAUCUGAUGUCAGCAAGUUUAUGAAGCUCUUUAUUAAAGAAAUGAAUUCAGAUUCUGCAAACAAGAUGUUUUUCCUCAAAUGGCUCGGAAUCUUUCUUGAUGAAUAUAUAUCAGAUGACCUUUAUGCUCUACAUCACAAGUAUGAUGAAAAGUGGUCGACAGUGUUAAAACUGAAAGAGAGCCAAGACAAAUCUGAACAUCUCAAAGCUGAACAAGCUGACCUUGAGAGAAUAUCUGAGGAACUUCAAGCUGCAGCCUUUGGAUUGGAGCACAUCAUGAGGGAGAUCGGUCAAAUCUAUGAAUCGUGUUCAUCUGUGAGGAAGAACAAGAAAGACCUGCAGUCUGACUUUUCUUCUCUCCCGAGUCUUGCAGCAGAGAUGAUGAUCUCUGGAUUUCCACUGGAACUGAUGGAUGGAGAUGCUGCUCAUGUUCCUGUAAUCUGGGUCUCUGCUGUUCUAGAUCAACUCGUCCAGAAACUGGGAGACCAGAGAGUCUUUGUGCUGUCAAUUUUAGGGAUCCAGAGCUCUGGGAAAUCCACCAUGCUCAAUGCCAUGUUUGGACUCCAGUUUGCUGUCAGCGCUGGCAGGUGCACCAGAGGAGCUUUCAUGCAGCUGGUCAGAGUCUCAGACGAGAUGAGAACAAUGCUCACCUGUGACUAUAUUCUAGUUGUUGAUACUGAGGGUCUUCGUGCUCUAGAACUGGCUGGAAGGUCAACAAGACAUCAUGACAAUGAACUGGCCACAUUUGUUGUUGGUCUUGGAAAUCUGACACUGAUCAACAUCUUUGGUGAAAACCCAUCUGAGAUACAGGACAUUCUUCAGAUUGUUGUUCAGGCCAUCCUGAGGAUGAAGAAGGUCAGACUGAAUCCCAGCUGUGUGUUUGUGCAUCAGAACGUGUCGGACAUCACAGCUGGAGAGAAAAACAUGGAGGGAAGGAGACGACUGCAGGAGAAACUGGACGAGAUGACAAAACUCGCUGCUAAAGAUGAAGUCUGUGAUGCAGAACGUUUCAGUGAUAUCAUUAAAUUUGAUGUUCAGAAAGAUGUGAAGUAUUUUGCUCAGCUUUGGGAGGGCAGCCCACCGAUGGCACCACCAAACCCAAACUACUGUGAGAACAUUCAAGAACUGAAGAAAACUAUUAUGUCUCAUGCCUCAAAAUCACAUGGAAUGAGGCUGACACACUUGAAAGAUCGUAUUAAAGAUCUCUGGGAGGCUUUACUGAAGGAACGAUUCGUCUUCAGCUUCAGAAAUUCUCUGGAGAUCUCAGCCUACAGGAAACUGGAGACUGAAUACAGCAAGUGGUCCUGGAGUCUUCGCAGAGCCAUGAUGGAAACUGAGAACGAGUUACACAACAAAAUAGAAAAUGAAGCAAUUCAUGAGAUUGAGGAAACUGAUCUUCAGAGAGAACUGAAGAAGACAAAUGAAGAAGUGGAAAAAUCAAUGUCAGAGUUCUUUGAAAAAGACACAGAUGCCGAUUUACUGAUUCAGUGGAAAAUGUCAUUUAAAACCAAAAUCAAAGAUGUUCAGGAAAACAUUGUGAGAGAGACAAAGAGGAAAUUAAAUGAGGUUCUUCAGCAGCGAGACCUGAGGAAAAAGAUCGAUGCUCAGAGGACACAUCAUGAAAACACUCUCUUGGAAAAGAGCAAAGAACUUGCCUUAAAACUCAAAGACAAAGCAAAUGAUGAAGAAACAGUGAAGAAAGAGUUUGAUUUGUUUUGGAAACGGUGUGUGAAAAACAUCAUCAGAGACACUCCUGCAAUCAAAGAGAUUGACAUAUUGACAGAUGUAAGAAUCCUCCUCAGUGACAUCUAUAAUAGUGCUCCUGUAGACCACUGGGGGGAGAGCAAGGAUAUUUUCAAAGUACUGAGUUUUUCUGAUUAUGUGAAGGUAAAGAAAUCCAGUGGAAUUACCGGAGCUAUCACAAAUGUUUACAGAUCAGCUAAAGAGAAGUUGGGUUACAUUCUAUCUAAAGAGGACGAGGCCCAAAUAAGAUCAUUUGUCACAGAUGUUACUCUGCAGACAGACAAAAUGAUUCAGUCAUUUAACAUUUCAAAGAUGGGCUACAACAAAAGCUGCAUUCAACAACUCACAGAUUACAUCAAGGCAAGAGAAACCGAACACGAGGAAGCAUCAGUGCACUAUGUGUUCAAGAAUGAAUUCUUCAUGGAUUUGGUUCUGUCCAUCUCUAAGAGAGCAAACAAGAUGAUCACUGGCCAACACAGACUGUUCAGGGAAGCCAAUGAUCCUGUAAUAUAUGUUGAGAAGAAGAGAAAAGAAUACUAUAGUGUUUUCCAGAAACACCUCCAUGGAGCUGCAUCAGCUGUCAUUUUUGGUGAGAUCAUCUGUCAGAAACUCAGAGAGCCUGUUAAGCAAAGUGUCUACAAGAAGACUGCCAGAGAUUUAUCAGAUGACAUUCAAACAGACUGUGAAUCACUGAAUGGAAACAGAUCCAAUCUGGAGAUACACAUCCUGAAGACACUGGCAGAAGAGGAGGAUUUCAACCAAUACAUGAACUACAUUCGCAAUCCCAGAGAUCACUUUAAGAGUUUCAUCAGACAUGAAGUCAGUCAGUUUAUCACUGGUAAGUUCAGUGUCAGUGUUUUACCCAAGAUGAAGAAGAACAUUGAACUCCUGCAGCAGAAGAUCAUGGACGCAGCAAAUGAAUCUACUGAACAUGUUCAAGUGAACAGUGGAGAUGUUGGUUUGUGGUUGAAGGGUUUCACAGAGGAGCUCUCAGGUGUGCUGAUCUUCUCUGAAAAAGAACUCAGUGGAGUCGAACACGAUGAUGUUGAUGAUUUCAACCUCCUAGAAGAUGUGAUAAGAAAAGAACUCCCUGCUAUAAUGACUGACAUCAGUAAAGAGUUUAACAUACAUGCAUUUGAUGAAAAACUGGACAUCAAGUUCAGGCCAGAUGAGCUUCUGAUUGAUCACUUCUGUCAGUGCUGUUGGGUUCAGUGUCCGUUCUGUACAGCCAUCUGCACCAACACCACCAAAGAUCAUCCUGGAGAUCACAAUGUUCGCUUCCAUCGAGUGGAUGGGAUCAAAGGUUGGCAUUACCAUCAAACAGAGCAUCUCAGUGCUGAUAUUUGCACAACUUUAGUGUCAAGUGGUAAAAGGUUUUGUGCAUCAAAUGAGUGGUUUCCAUAUAAAGAAUACAGAAGAGCAGGAGGUGUUUAUGCAAAGUGGAGCAUCACCUUUGAUACCUCUGAGCUGCCAUACUGGAAAUGGUUUGUGUGCAGGUUCCAGAAAGAUCUGGAAAAGUACUACAAUAAAAAAUUCCAGGGUCAGGGUGAGAUCCCAAAUGAAUGGAAAAAGCUCACAAAACAGCGUGCAAUUGAGAGUUUGUUUGAAUACUUUCAAAUUAAAUAA